AUGUUUGUCGUUUUGCUGGUUGUGCUGACGGGUCUGCAGGUGCAGGCCUGUGUUAAUCGAGUUCCAGUUGUGAAAAUGCGCGGAACUGUGGUAACAAUGCGGAAACACCAAAAUUUGCCUAACUGCACUGCAAAUUGUGGUCCCUUGGUGGGGAGAACCAGAACCGAGACCUACAUGGGGUUCCAUGACCUCUGCUGCGAUGGCUAUAUCCGUAAUGAAGAAAACGAGUGUGUGCCGCAGUGCAAGGAUUGCGGAGCCACAGGGAAAUGCCUUUCGCCCAAUGUGUGUUUAUGCGACAAGGGCUACUCGAAUCGCCAGGAUCGCAGUCAUUGUGAGCCGGAGUGUGGCGAGUCCUGCGUGAAUGGGAGCUGUGUGGCUCCGGACGAGUGCGACUGCCUGCCUGGCCAUCGGUUUGUCAACGGAUCGCGGACGGAAUGUGAGCCAAUUUGCGCCGAGGAUUGCGGCAACGGUCGCUGUUUGGAGUCGGGAAAGUGCCAGUGCAACACGGGUUACCAGCGGGACGACAAGCUGAAGAAGUGUGUGCCCAUCUGCCAGGACGUCUGCUUCAAUGGCGAGUGUGUGGCGCCCAACGAGUGCCGCUGCUCUCCGGGCCACGAACCGCGUUUGGGACAGCCGUGGAUUUGCGAGCCGAUCUGCUCGAGCGGCUGCCUCAAUGGAAAUUGCGUUCAACCGGAGACGUGUGUCUGCAAGCUUGGCUUUGCCCACAAGGAUAGCGGUCUGUCCUCGAGCUGUGAACCGAUCUGCAGUCCUGGUUGCGUGAACGGCACCUGCAUUUCACCAGGCCACUGUUCCUGUGCCGAAGGUCAUGUCUUCGCUGAAGGAUCGCGAAAUGAGUGUGUACCCACGUGUCGCUCUGGCUGUGAAAAUGGUUUUUGUAGUGCCCCCGGUCGCUGUGAAUGCCACGAGGGCUUCGAGAAGGUCUCCCCGCACCGCUGCUCUCCCAUCUGCAGGCCAAUCUGCGGCCGCAACGCCCGCUGUACCGCUCCGGACACUUGUGACUGUGACUCGGGCUUCGCCUUCGUCAACGGAAGUUCCACCGAGUGUGAGCCCUUCUGCCCAAGGAGCUGCCGGAACGGAAUCUGCAGCAGUCCGGGCGUCUGCACCUGCCUGGAUGGCUACCAGGCUCUCCUCUCCUUCUACUGCAUCCCGAUCUGCACGAGGUCCUGUUUGCACGGCAGCUGCGUGGCUCCGAACGAGUGUCGCUGCUUCACGGGUUAUAGGCCAAGUCCCACCCAGGGAUCGAGUGUCUGCGAGCCGAUCUGCAGCCAGUCUUGUGGGCAUGGUCGCUGCAUCGCCCCGGAGAUCUGUCAGUGUGACGUAGGUUUCGCUAAGAGAUGGGCCCGCGGUCCCUGUGAACCCCACUGCCCACAGGGAUGUGUGAAUGGCCACUGCGAAGGAUCGGGACUGUGCCGCUGCUACGAGGGCUACAAACUUAGGCAGGGAUCCGCUUCCAUCUGCGAUCCGGAGUGCUCGCCUGGCUGCAAGAACGGCACUUGUGUGGAGCCAAAUAGUUGUGCCUGUUUUCCCGGCUAUGAGGACACCAAACUGUCGUUCGAGUGUGUCCCUUCCUGUUUUCCCAGGUGCGAAAAUGGCCGCUGCUCUGCUCCAGGUCGCUGUGAAUGCGAUCCUGGUCAUGUCGUCACCAACUCCAGUGAGCCGAACUCGUGUCGUCCGCAGUGCCGGGAGCAGUGCAUCAAUGCCGAGUGCUUGGCGCCGGAGAAGUGUACUUGCCUGCCGGGCUAUCGGUUUUUGGCCCAAAGCACCAGUGAAUGCGAACCCAUCUGCUCGAAAGGAUGUCGUUCUGGCGAAGAAUGCACGGGACCAGAAACCUGUGAGGGAGGCGCCUCCUUCAUUAGUCCCACUACCGGCAAGCAUCUGGUCUUCCACUGGUCCAUGUUCAUCCUGGCCAUUCUGCUCUGCUUGGGCUUGGUGAUGACACCACUCCUGGUGCUCCGGGAAUUGCAGAGACGUCGUCGUGGAGGCGACAAGCAGAGGAGCAAUCUCAUCGAGAACCCCUCGUAUGGAAUCAUGCAGGCCAACAGCGAGGAGGCCGAUGAGCUGGGAAUCGGUUUGGGGGACUAA